GACUAGAGCCGGGACGACCGCGGCUACCGCUCCAGAGCCUCCGGGUCUGGGCGGCGGCGGCGGCGCUCCGGCUCCCGCUGAGCCGCCUGCUGGCCCCGCGCCCCACCCCCUCCCCACGGGCUGGGGACGGGCCCUGCGCAGCUGGGUGGGCCCGGGAGCGGAGUGGCAGAAUCCAAGGACCCUUUUUGUUUUUUCUCCAUAUUACUUGAUGGGAGGCAUUAUGGCCCCCAAAGACAUAAUGACAAAUACUCAUGCUAAAUCCAUCCUCAACUCAAUGAACUCCCUCAGGAAGAGCAACACCCUCUGUGAUGUGACAUUAAGAGUAGAGCAAAAAGACUUCCCUGCCCAUCGGAUUGUGCUGGCUGCCUGUAGUGAUUACUUCUGUGCCAUGUUCACGAGUGAGCUUUCAGAGAAGGGGAAACCAUAUGUUGAUAUCCAAGGUUUAACUGCUUCUACCAUGGAAAUUCUGUUGGACUUUGUAUACACAGAAACAGUCCACGUGACAGUAGAGAAUGUACAAGAACUGCUCCCUGCAGCCUGUUUGCUUCAGCUGAAAGGGGUGAAGCAGGCCUGCUGUGAAUUCUUAGAAAGUCAACUGGACCCUUCAAAUUGCCUGGGUAUCAGGGACUUUGCUGAAACUCACAAUUGUGUUGACCUGAUGCAAGCAGCUGAGGUUUUUAGCCAGAAGCAUUUUCCUGAAGUGGUGCAGCAUGAAGAGUUCAUCCUUCUGAGUCAAGGAGAGGUGGAAAAGCUAAUCAAGUGUGAUGAAAUUCAGGUAGAUUCUGAAGAGCCGGUCUUUGAGGCUGUCAUCAAUUGGGUGAAGCAUGCCAAGAAAGAGCGAGAAGAAUCUUUGCCUGACCUGCUACAAUAUGUGCGGAUGCCCCUACUGACGCCCAGGUACAUUACAGAUGUAAUAGAUGCUGAGCCUUUCAUUCGCUGUAGUUUACAGUGCAGGGAUCUAGUUGAUGAAGCAAAGAAGUUUCAUCUGAGGCCUGAACUUCGGAGUCAGAUGCAGGGACCCAGGACAAGAGCUCGUCUAGGAGCCAAUGAAGUGCUUCUGGUGGUUGGCGGCUUUGGAAGCCAGCAGUCUCCCAUUGAUGUAGUAGAGAAAUAUGACCCCAAGACUCAGGAGUGGAGCUUUUUGCCAAGCAUCACUCGUAAGAGACGUUAUGUGGCCUCAGUGUCCCUACAUGACCGGAUCUAUGUAAUUGGUGGCUAUGAUGGCCGUUCCCGCCUCAGUUCAGUGGAAUGUCUAGACUCCACAGCAGAUGAGGAUGGGGUCUGGUAUUCUGUGGCCCCUAUGAAUGUCCGACGAGGUCUUGCUGGAGCUACCACCCUGGGAGAUAUGAUAUACGUCUCUGGAGGCUUUGAUGGAAGCCGACGUCACACCAGUAUGGAGCGAUAUGACCCAAACAUUGACCAGUGGAGCAUGCUAGGAGAUAUGCAGACAGCUCGAGAGGGUGCUGGACUAGUAGUGGCCAGUGGAGUGAUCUACUGUCUAGGAGGAUAUGAUGGCUUGAAUAUUUUAAAUUCAGUUGAGAAAUAUGAUCCACAUACUGGACACUGGACUAAUGUUACACCAAUGGCUACCAAGCGUUCAGGUGCUGGAGUAGCCCUUUUGAAUGACCAUAUUUAUGUGGUGGGGGGAUUUGAUGGCACAGCCCACCUUUCUUCAGUUGAAGCAUACAACAUUCGCACUGAUUCCUGGACAACUGUCACUAGUAUGACCACUCCGCGAUGUUAUGUAGGGGCCACAGUGCUUCGGGGGAGACUCUAUGCAAUUGCAGGAUAUGAUGGCAAUUCCCUGCUGAGUAGCAUUGAAUGCUAUGACCCAAUCAUCGACAGUUGGGAAGUAGUGACAUCCAUGGGAACCCAGCGCUGUGAUGCUGGUGUGUGUGUUCUCCGAGAGAAAUGACCAUUGUUAGAGCACCAUCCAGAGCUAGUGACCAGUCCAGAGGACAGAUUAUGGAAGAGUCAAGGAUCCUUUCCAGAAUAUCUAUUUCUCACUGUGUGCACAGAGUGAUUACAAGCACCAGUGCAGUGAUGAUUGUACUUAUUUGACCACACUCCCCCUCGCGCUGGUAAUAUCCCACACAAGGGUGUGAAACAGGUACCCGAGGGAAGAGAAUGCACAGUGAAUGGAUGUGAGACCAGAUAGCCUCUCCCUCUCGUCUGGGGAGCACUUUCUUAUUAUUUCUUUCUUACCAUGUGCUUGGGAGUGUGUGUGUGUGUGUGUGUGUGUGUGUGUGCUGCCUCUUACAUUGCAGAGAACUAAGGUGGAUUACCAUGUAUUUGUGUGUGUGUGUGUGUGUGUGUGUGUGUGUGUGUGUGUGUGUGUGUAUGUGUGCUGCCUCUUACAUUGCAGAGAACUAAGGUGGAUAUGGCCUCUACAUAUAGACAGUAUCCAGCCUAAAUGAUUGGAGGGAUUCCAGCUUGAGUAAGCUUGGUAAAAUCCAAGUCCAAGUCCCUCCUGCCCCCACCCCGGAACAAAUACCUUUUCUAAUCUACAAGGAGCUGAGGACUCCACAGUUCCAUUCAGAAAAAAACAAAAGGGAGAGCCCUAUCAAAACUUUAGGGGCCAAGGGAAGAGUUCUUUGUGACAUCCCUUAGGGGAAAAGGUUUGGUAUAUCCAAACUGAGGUUAGAAUAAGUGACAUGAACUGAGUUUGAUGGGAUGUGAGUGAACCUACACUACCACUAAAUAUAACCUAGAAGACUGAGAAGGAUAUAUUAUUUGAAAGAUCUUUUUAUUACCCCAAGUUCUUUCUAAAAGUAAAGUGCUAUACAUCUUGGCACUGGAGACUGAGAUAAUACAGAAUGAACAAAUGUUGGAAUGAGAGGAAAUGGCUUAAAUAUACCUGGGGAUAAACUAGAAGUACCUGUGAUUUUACAAUCAUCUUAUUCCCUGCCAGGGCUCUUGUAGCCAUGGCAAUGUUUAUCUUGAAAGGGUGAAAGACUUUCUUUGUUGAAUCAAAUACUACUACAUUAUUACACUAUUUAUUUGGGGAUGGGGUGGGGGGUAGCAGCAACCUGGUAGUUUAACUACCUGAUUACUACCCCGUUCUUUUAAGGGCGCACUUCUGCUAAGAAGUGUUUUUUACUGCUGUGUUUGGUACAUUUAGUCUUCUUCCUGCUAUAAGUUUCCCUUACCUGUCUUUCGAGUGAAUUUUAUUCAUCCCAGGACAGAAUAAUCAAGAACAACCAAAAUUCUUGUUAGUUCCAGUACCUCUGCUCUCACCAUUUCUGAGCUACCAUUCAGACCUCUUCUGUGUCAUAAAGUUGUAGCAUUAUGGGUAUAGGAGUGUGGGAAUGUGAUAACUUAAAACAGGAUGCACUUUCCCUUUGCUCUGGAAUUCCACUUUUUCCUCUUUCUGAGUUGUAUUGACCUACAGAAUUAAUUUCCUUUGUAUUUUUUUAAGAAAAUAAAAAAGUCAACUGUC